CGCAGGUAUGCGUGCUUGGGGAAAUGCUCAUGAUGGCUCGUUUCCGUGUCGGCCCAUUAAUUUUUCGACGGGGGCAUCGCAUCCACUGCCUCGCCGCCUCUUCCUGAGCCUCCCUCUUCAAUCUAAAGGAACACGCUCUCUUCACCUUGUUUACAUCUGACCGCUUGUCGUGCUCUGCUGCAUCGGAGAUUGAUCUAUUGUAUUAGACACCUACCUAUCCUUUCCGAAGCCUCGAUCCUUAUCCCCAUUCUUAAUCACCCUUGCCAUCUCAACAUGGCGCCCUCUGCAACGUCCCCCGUUAUGACCCUCGAGGCCGAGGAUCAUGCUCGCGAUGCUGCUUUCAACAAAGCCCUCCAUGGCAAGUCUGCAGAGGCUAGAGGAGGGUUUUCUGCCAUGCGCAACAAGGAUAAUGCUGCACAGAAGGCCGCAGUGGAGGAGUACUUUAAACACUGGGACAAUAAACUUGCCGCAAAUGAGACAGAAGAAGACCGCAAGGCUAGACGAGACGAAUAUGCAACUUUGACCAGACAUUACUACAACUUGGCCACUGACCUGUACGAGUAUGGCUGGGGCACUUCUUUCCACUUCUGCCGGUUCGCUGCAAAGGAAUCUUUCUACAAGGCAAUUGCCCGACACGAACACUACUUGGCUCUGAAGAUGAAUUUGCAAGAGAAUGCUCGCGUUCUGGAUGUCGGCUGCGGAGUGGGUGGCCCAGCUCGUGAAAUGAUCAAAUUCACUGAUGCCAAUGUGGUGGGAUUGAACAACAACGAUUACCAGAUUGAACGAGCGCUGCGGUAUGCGCAAAAGGAGGGUCUGGCCGACAAAUUUUCUGCUGUGAAGGGAGACUUUAUGCAGAUGUCGUUCCCAGAGAACAGCUUCGAUGCCGUCUACGCCAUUGAAGCUACUGUACACGCCCCCAGCCUUCAAGGUGUGUACGAGCAGAUUUUCCGGGUGCUGAAGCCUGGUGGUGUGUUUGGCGUCUACGAGUGGCUCAUGACCGACAACUACGACAACAACAACCCAAAACAUCGAGAGAUCCGACUUGGAAUUGAGCAAGGGGACGGCAUCUCCAACAUGGUCCGGGUCUCGGAAGGCUUGGCUGCCAUCAAGGCAGCUGGUUUUGAGCUUGAGCACCACGAAGAUCUAGCAGAGAGACCCGAUGCCACCCCUUGGUACUAUCCUCUUGCUGGAGAGUUCAAGUACUGCAGCAGCAUUGGAGAUUUGUUCACCAUUGGAAGAAUGACCUGGUGGGGACGAGGACUGGUGCACAAAUUUGUCGGUCUUGGUGAGACCCUGAGAUUGAUGCCUCAAGGCACGCAGAAGACAGCGGACAGCCUUGCUGUUGCUGCGGAUUGUUUAGUUGAGGGUGGGAAGCAGAAAUUAUUCACGCCCAUGUAUUUGAUGGUGGCACGAAAACCCCUCAAUGCUUGAGGGUUGUCGAGAUUUGGCGAAAUGGCAUAAGGCGUUGCGAAUUGGGAUCCCAGGAAAUAGAACAUACAUACCUAAUCCAAUGUACAUACAGCAUCCGUGGCGACCAUGAGACGAGUGGUUGACAUUGUACCCGAUCAGCAAGUCCAGCUGGACAAGGAUUGGGUGGUGAGCACCGCCACAGCAGCAGUGCUUGUGGCGACCGAAAACAGGGAAGACGUUCCAGAGCUGCACACCUACCAUAAGGACUGUGGUAUUGCAGGCGAGGUCGGCCCGCAUUGAAACACCCUUCACCGUGCGUGCCGUG